AUACAUUCUUAUUAAUUUUGAAACCCAAAAAAAAAAAGUAGCCAGGUAAAUAAAUAAGGCCAUAAGUUGAUGUUCAUGGGUCAUUGAGAAGGGUUGGCUUCCUCUCUCCCGCCUCAUACUGCAGUACACUGAAAAUCAACUAGUCACUUCUUCAUAUCUAGGGCUAAAAAAUUCCAUGUCCCAGAAUACUGAAACUGUGAUCAAUUAUAUUCCGCUGUUUCUUUUCAGGCAAUGAUCUGCAACAUUACAAGAAUGCACACUUCCUGUUCGAUGAAAUGUCUCAACGAACAAACCCACCUGAAAAAACUGUGUGAGAUUGUAAUAACACAAUAAAAUCAGUUAUUGUUGAUUUGAAUUGCCAAAAAUGUUGAAGAUUGUGACUUACAACGUUAAUGGCAUCCGACAACGGAUAACCCAGUUUGGUUCUCUCCUUAAAUUACUCGAUUCUCUCGAUGCUGACAUCAUCUGCUUCCAGGAGAUUAAAGCGACAAAACAAGAGCUUACUGCAGAUUUGAUAAUGGCUCAAGGGUAUGAAUCCUUCUUUUCUUGUACUCGUACCUGUGGAAAAGGUCGCACUGGUUAUUCAGGUGUUGCAACGUUUUGCCGUGUAAGAUCUGCCUUUUCUAGUACAGAAGUGGCAUUACCUGUGGCUGCAGAAGAAGGCUUUACUGGUCUUUUAGGUACUUGUGGAAAUGAAUCUAGUAGUGAGGUUUUUUCAGACUUGGAAUGCCUUAAGGAGUUUCGAAAAGAUGAGCUUUUAAAGAUCGACAGUGAGGGACGCUGUGUCAUCACAGAUCACGGUCAUUUUGUUCUAUUUAAUGUAUAUGGACCUAGAGCAGCUCCUGAAGAUGAAGAGAGGAUCCAAUUCAAAGCCAACUUCUUCAAGAUUAUGCAGAAAAGAUGGGAAUUGCUUCAACAAGAAAAGAGGCGGAUAAUUGUAGUAGGGGAUCUGAACAUUGCUCCUUCUGCUGUAGAUCGCUGUGAACCUGGGCCAGACUUUGAGAAAAAUGAGUUCCGUAGAUGGUUUAGGUCUCUGUUGGUGAAAAAUGGAGGUUCCUUUCUUGACCUUUUUAGAGAAAAACAUCCAGAAAGGGCAGAUGCAUAUACAUGCUGGCCAGUACAUACAGGUGCUGAAGAGUUUAAUUUUGGGAGCAGGAUAGACCACAUCCUUGCUUCUGGUGUAUGCUUACACCACAUUCAGGGAAAUGAUGAUCAUAACCUUGGUGUUUGUCAUGUUGAAGAGUGUGAUAUAAUGACACAAUUUAGAAGGUGGAAGCCUGGAAUCUCAUUGAGCUGGAAAGGAGGUAGAGCUACUAAACUGGAAGGUUCUGAUCAUGUUCCUGUGUUUGUUACACUUAAGGAUAUUCCUGAUAUUCAAAUCCACAGUACACCACCUCUAUCCGCCAGAUAUAUGCCAGAGAUCCGUGGGUCACAACAAACUAUUGUGUCAAUUUUGAUGAAAAGACAGAUGACUGAAAGAGUUGGUGCUGGUACGCUGACAAGUCCAGCCACACAAGAUGAUGAUGACAUCGAUUUAAUUGGAAGGAUUGAAGAAGCAUCUUAUUCUUGCAGUGUAUCAAGCACUGACUUAAAUACACUAUCAUCUUCAGUGAUGAAUUCCUGUGAAAAUGAGCCCUGUACUUCCAAAGAAAGCCAAGAUGCGGCCACAGCAGGUAAUCGGCUGAUUCGAUCAAUACCAGGUGUACCAAAGAAGAAGAAAAUGAAACAAAAUCAACAUUCUCAACUCUCAUUGACAUCCUUUUUUCAAAAAAUUCCUGGUACUUGUGAUAGUGUGGAAAAGUCUACCAAGGAUGCAUCAGAUAACCUAGAAAGUACUGUCAUUUCUCCUGAUUAUGUGAAAGAAACAACAGAAACUAUCAACAAGGAAGGCAAUUUUGAUGAAAGUGCUUCUUCUCAAGAGCAUAACCCUCCAACUGAUUGCUGUCCUGAAAAUGAUAGAAAGACUGCUGUGAUGGAGUGGCAAAGGAUUCAACAACGCAUGCAGGAUAGCAUACCUCUAUGUGAAGGGCAUCGUGAACCCUGUGUUGCUCGGAUUGUAAAAAAAUCAGGUCCUAAUUUUGGGCGAAGAUUUUAUGCUUGUGCACGCGCUGAGGGCCCUGCAUCAAAUCCUGAAACUAGAUGCGAUUUUUUUCGAUGGGCUGACACAAAAUCAAGACAGAAAAAAUAGUCUUAACACUAUCUGCAAGGAAUCCGAGUUCAGAUGUAAAUGACCCGUCAUCCUAAGUCCGGUUCUUGCUAUCUAGUUAGGAUACUGUUAUAUCUUCCUGUGGUGUUUCACAGUUCUGAUAAUUAUUUUUGCUCUUCUGUUGACGUCUCUUGUGAUCUUGCCCUUGUAAUUUUAGUCCCUUAGGAUUGAGCUUCAUUGUUCUGUUGUACCAUGUAAUUCCUGUAAAUGAUGUAUCCCAGUUAACCAUCAAUUGUUCAAUGUAUCUUUGCCAUUCACAACAUCUUUAAUUUCAUGAAAGUUUCUCACA